GCAGAGAGAGACAGAGAGAGAAGCCAGCGCGCCCCGGCACCUCCAACCAGCGUCUCCAGAAAGCGCCAGGCGCUGGCGGACGUGGGGCUCAUGCAGACGCACGAUGACCAGCGGUGGCCGCCGGACUCUGCCUGUGCUCGCCGCCCUCUCGGCGCUGCUCUCCGCGGCCCUGUCGGCCCAUUUCCGCGUGUGCGAGCCAUACACGGACCAGCGCGGCCGCUACCACUUCGGCUUCCACUGCCCGCGGCUGUCGGAUAACAAGACGCUCACCCUGUGCUGCCACCACAACAGCACCAUGUUCAAGUACUGCUGCAACGACACGGAGUUCCGGGCCGUGACGCAGGCCAACGCCACCGCUGCCGCCACCGGCUACGCGCACAACAACUACCCGGCGCUGCUGGGCGUGUGGCUCUACGGGGCGCUGGUUCUGGCGCUGCUGCUUCUAGACCUGCUCUACUACUCCGCCCUCAACUCGCACCUCUGCCGCCUCCGCCUGGCACGCUGGGGCGUGCGUGGCCGCUGGAUGAAGCCCGCGCCCCCACCCUGGGGGGCCGCCUGCGCCCAGCCGCCGCCCCCCGGGGCACCCCGGGGCGCCCCACCGAGGAGCUUCCAGAGCGCGUCUGCCUGAAAGCCCGGGUACGAGCCGAGCCUCAGGACGAGGGAGCUGAGACCCGGAACAGCACCUGCCUCGACGGAUGCCAGCGAGAGCCGGGGCAGGCGGUCUUGGCGGUAGCCAGGGGCACGUGUCCCCCAGGCGCCCACUCGGCCCCAGACUUCUCCGCUCAUGAGCUGACCCGGGUGGGGAUGGGGUGCAGGGAGGGGCUCAGAGCUGCCCAGGCACCAGCGAGCUGCUGGGGGCUCCAAGAGGGGACACGUAUGAGCUCAAGGCCCUCCUGGGGCUGGGUUGGCCCGAGGGUGGGUCUGUGUGUAAAGGGAGCCCCGUCUUUGGCUCCCACAGGGGCCCACCUGCUCUGGCAUCCAGACCCGAAUGUGAGUGAGCACAUGUGUGGUUUGGGGGGUGCUUUUCAGUGGGUGGCUUUUCUGCGACCCCCUGAGGUGGCAGAUGGGCUGAGGUCACCUCUUAAGUCUAGCCUCUUGUCACCAGGCCCAGGAUGGUGUUGGGGCGCGGGCAGACCCUGCUGUGUUUUCAGGGAAUGUUGGGAGUUCGGAGAGACCAGAGAGGGAUGAAAUAGAAGAAACAGGGAUGUGUUCUCACAGGGUGAGCACUAAGCUAGAAGUCUUCCUGCUUCCCUGGGUCCACCUAGGAGGGUGUGUAUGUCUGGCCCCUCAGAAAUGAUUCGGAACAGGACAGGGCACUA